AUGGGCGGUACAUCCGGUGCCACCCGCCUCGACGGCCUCCUCUCUUUACUUGAUUCCGGCUCCAAUGCAGGCGUUCGGAAAAUGGCCGCAGCACAGGUCGGCGAUCUCGUCGCUGCCCAUCCCUCCGAGACGAGGCCCGUCCUUAGACGCGUGCGCAGGCUGCUAAAAUCCACAACUUGGGAGACAAGGAUUGCUGCCAGCCACGCUAUCGCCGCUAUCGCAGAACAUGCGCCCAGAUUCGUCCCAGCCCUGCCAAAGCUUGAACCAGUCAAGGAUGAGCAACUCAAGAAUGAGCCUACGUCUAUGUCUCUUGUUAAAUUUGACAAACUAGAUAUUGAAAAGCUCAUGGCGGGCGGCGCAAUGCUUUUCGGUUCUUCCGGCGAUGAGUACAAAUCCGAAGAGACUAACAUCGCCGCCCAACGCGCAAAGCUCAAGGCAGAUCUGGGUCUGGAUGAUCGGUUCUCUUCAGGUGACAUGCUUGGUCUCAAAGACGAAGAUCUUGCUAUAUCCAAGAUGCCUGUCACCAACGGUCUCCCACCCACAAACGUCCCCGCUACAGCUGAUGUCGUCGCAGAGAUGGAGCCCCAAGGUCUCAGUGCGCGCGAGCGAAAUAGAAAAAAACGCGAAGCGAAAAAGCGAGCUCGCAUGGGAGGUACCUCUGCUUCCCGCCCGAGCAAGCGCCCACGGACAUCGGACAGUGAGUCAGCCCCUGACGACGGUGGUGCACCAGAGGUGUUCUCCUUGAGAGAUUUGUCCACGCAAAGAGACGAAGAGGAUGAAGAAUUCGAGCGCGAGUUUGGAUAUAAUUUUUGGGACUUUCAAGCCACUUGCGAGGUGUUCAAACAGAGUUUGCUCGAGCCGCGCUGGGAAUGGAGACACGGGGCUGCGAUUGGACUACGCGAGAUUCUCAUGCGCCACGCUACAAGCGCUGGCCGAUGUUCACCAGGUCAACUGGGCGAUCACGAGAACGCCAGGUGGCUUGAGGAUGUGUGCUGUCGACUGCUCUGCGUCCUAGCUAUGGACCGCUUUGGCGAUUUCGUAGGCGACGCUGUUGUCGCCCCCGUGCGUGAGGCUGCCGCUAUGACUAUCGGUGCAUCGUCACGCGCCCUGUCACCCGAAGAUACUCGCCACUUGAUCGCUCGUAUUUUCUUUUUGCUCACGACGCAAAGCAGCUCUCAAUGGGAGGUGCGCCACGCUGCUCUUCUCGGUGCGCGCUAUAUCCUAGCCGUGAAAGACGAGAUGGCGGAGGAAUUGAUUCGCCUCUCUUUUCAAAGUAUCACGGACGGCCUAAGGGACCAGGAUGACGACGUGCGUGCUGUCGCCGCGGAGGCAUUGCUGCCUGUUGUCCAUCAGCUCAUUGCUUUCAUGCCUCACCAGGUCCCCGGUCUUGUCACUACUCUCUGGGAUGCCUUACUUGACCUUGACGACAUAAGCGCCUCCACGAGCAGUGUACUGCCGAUUAGUCUGAAUGGAAAGCGCGACCACAAGAAGGUAGACACCAUGUCUGCCACCUUACUCGAAAUUGUGCCUCGGCUAUGGCCUUUUCUGCGACAUAACUCCAAGUCCGUACGUCGGGCAGCCAUUGAAUUACUGGAAACCCUAACUAAGAAUUUUGACAAUGAUGAGCUUUUGACUUGGGUUGUGCCUCUCUUCUCAGACUUGGUAUCGCGACUCUUCCGGAAUAUUCUGCUCGAGCCCGAAAAUGAUACUCUGGAAAUUUCGCAGAGAGUGUGGAAGAGAAUACUUUUACCAUUUGUGAGGAAUCAAAGCUCAACUCGGGUCUUGGUACGGACAGCUGGGCAGAUGCUGAAGCACUGGAUGCAGGUAUCCGCUCAGGAGACCAGGGCUGAAGCUUCUGUUUACGAUGAAAGCCAUUCUGCUCCAAUCAGUGAAGGUCCUUAUGACGGCGUAUUGAUGCAGCAACACGCAGCUGAGGCGCUCGGUUUUGUCGCAUCUCUGUGGCCACCCAACGAUUUUUCAAUUGAUGCGCAACUCUUUGAGUCUAUGCGAAGUCCAUUUGCAAAUGCAAGGCGGCUGGCAUGCGACAUUUGCACGCACUGGGCCGAGUUGUCCCAUUCUCCCAACUUUGUAUUCUCAGAAAGAAUUCGUUCUUCACUUGAAAACGAGGUGUUGUCAAAGGGUGGCUGCGUUUACGCCGAGGUAGGAUCGUCGGUGGGAUCGUUUUUCACAGAUUCCCUAGCGUUUUUGAACACCGUUCCAGAAUCAAUGAUUGGGGGAGUCAUCGAUACAUCAAGCCUGAAAAUUUUCUGUAUGGAGGGAAAGAAGGCUGUCAUGGCUCGUGACUCUCCAUCCGCUGCUGUGUGUGCAAGAUCGAUCAAGACUCAUAUGACUGCACUUCUUGAGUCAUUGGAAUCUCUGCGUAUGCGGAUACUGUCGUCUAUCGGGUAUACUGGGGUGCGAGAAGACUCCAGUAGAAUUGCUCUGACUGCCAGUGCUACUUCUGCACUCGUGUCAUCCACUGGAACCGCUCUACCCGAUAAGGUUGCCCCCUUUAUCAAGUCUCUUAUGGCUGCAUUGCGGACUUCCAAAAAUCCUCACCUUCAAACUCAAGCAACGAUUGCGCUGUCAAAGUUGGCCCUUCGAUUGUCGGAGAGGGAAUCGCAGAAACCUCUUUCGCUAAUGAUGAAGAACUUGAUGAAGUAUCUAACGACAGAGCAGCAAACAAGUGAAAAGCUCAUCUUCCUUUCGGCUAAAUCUCGGAAUGCAGUUGAACUUGACGGUCCCGCCCUGGCGAAAAGAGGAGCUCUGUUCGCUUUCAACCAAUUUUGCAAACGCUUUGGGGCUCAACUGUUCGAGAAGCUGCCGUGGUUGUGGAACAGAAUCAGAAAUGCAAUGACAUCCUACGAUCCAACGGUUACUAACGAAGAGAUCAACCAGGCAAUGAUUGUGCUGCGGGCGAUAGUUGGACAUGUCUCAGCUCAACUUCACGAAGUUAUUGCCUCUCUCUUGCCGUGUAUUGUCACUAUUUGUGCUGCCCCUCACGACGCGUAUUCCAGGCAUGCUCCCCAAUGUCUUGCGGACGUUGUCGCUGCUAUCCCUGGAGAUGGUAUGCAAAACGUGAUUUCAGGAUUGGUUCCUCUACUCUCAGGACGUCAAGACCAAAAGGACGCAGAUAUUUCAGCGCGACGGGGAGCGGCGAAGGCGUUACGGGCUGUGGUGGACAGAAUGGGCGCCGAGUUAAUUCCCUAUGCCGCGUUUAUGGUCGUUCCAAUGAUGACCAGAAUGGUUGAUGAGGAUGAAAUUGUCCGGAAAGCGGCAGCAGGUGUUUUUGGCACUUUGGUUCGUUUGAUGCCAUUGGAAGGCGGAGCUCCGGACGAUCCUCGCAUGAGCCAAGCUAUGGCAGAGGAGAGAAAAACAGCAAGAACGUUUCUGGGGCAGUUGCUCGGCACUGAACCACGCUCUCACUAUGAGUUACCAGUGUCCAUUGGGGACGGCAUCACUCUACGUAAAUAUCAGCAGGAGUGCUUGGACUGGUUGGCGUUCCUCAAUCGAUACGAGCUGCACGGUGCGCUCUGCGACGACAUGGGACUGGGCAAAACCCUAAUGACGCUUUGCAUCAUUGCCGGGGACUUUGUUAAUGGUUCACGCGAAGGUUCAGCGUUCCCAGCCCUUGUUGCAUGCCCCAGCACAAUCGUUGCUCAUUGGUGUGAGGAGGCGCAGCGGUUUUUCGGGCAUGUGCUACCAUCUAUCGUUCAGUACUCCGGUUCGCCCAGAGAAAGGGCACGGCUGAGAGGGGGCUGGAAUUUGUCUCAAAGUGCGCUUGUCGUGACAAGCUAUGACGUCUUGAGCAACGACCUACGGUUUUUCGAAAAUGUUAGGUGGAAUUAUGUUGUUCUUGACGAAGGUCAUGUUAUCAAGAACCCGAAGACAAGAGUGGCCAAGGCUGUGCGGUCUCUCUCCGCUCGGCACAGAUUAGUUUUGACAGGAACGCCGAUCCAAAAUUCUGUUCUCGAGCUUUGGGCAAUGUUUGACUUUCUAAUGCCCGGAUUCCUUGGCUCUGAGAAGAGUUUCAAGGACACUUUUGCCAAGCCAAUCAUGGCGUCUAGAGAGGGCAAAUGCAACGAGACUGAUCAGGAGAGAGGUAUGGUAGCUACCGAGGCACUGCACAGACAAGUCCUUCCGUUCGUACUGCGACGUCUGAAAGAUGAUGUUCUUGAUGAGCUGCCACCCAAGAUUAUGCAAGAUUACUACUGCGUUCUAACUCCUCUCCAGAAGCGCUUGUACGAGGACUUCCAAUCUGAAAUGAGUGCAAAUGGAAACCUGGGCUCUUCCGGGGGCAAGUCUUCGGGCGGAACGCAUGUCUUUACGGCUCUCAACUACAUGCGAAGAUUGUGCAGUCAUCCAAAGCUCGUGCUUUCUAGAGACCAUCCGGAAUACGAAGCCGUUCACAAAGAGCUCCGCACCGAGGGUAAGACCAUCAACGAUAUUGACUCGAGUGCUAAGCUUGUUGGACUGAUGAAUGUGCUCAAGGAAUGUGGCAUUGGAAACCAAGAAUCAGGAAUCCGCGACUCAGGUGGCCACAGAGUCUUGAUUUUUGCUCAGCUAAAGAAUAUGCUUGAUAUCGUGGAGAAGGACUUGUUCAAGGUUCACAUGCCUGAUGUCACAUAUCUGCGACUUGACGGCUCUGUCGAAACCUCGAAACGUCAACCGAUUGUCACAAGAUUCAAUGCUGAUCCCACAAUUGAUUGCUUGCUCUUGACAACGCAUGUGGGUGGACUCGGGCUGAAUCUCACAGGUGCUGAUACAGUUAUUUUCCUUGAACACGAUUGGAACCCCACAAAGGAUCUUCAGGCAAUGGACAGGGCUCAUAGGAUGGGGCAGAAGCGCACUGUGAAUGUCUACCGACUAAUUGCCCGAGGGACGCUAGAAGAGAAGAUUAUGGGUAUCCAGAAAUUUAAGACACACAUUGCGAACACUGUCGUGAACAGAGAAAAUUCCAACUUGCAGAGCAUGAACACAGAUCAGUUGCUAGAUUUGUUCAAGGUAGAGGAUGAGGACUCUGCAGAGGCAAUGACUUCGGACGAUGCCGCCGCUGGAACCGGCAAGGGGAUGAAGGCUGCCCUUUCUGGCCUUGGUGAACUUUGGGAGGAGAAGCAAUACGAAGAUGAGUUCGAUAUGGAAAAUUUCCUCUCAGGAAUGCAAUCGCUCCAUUCACGCCUGUACAAUAUCUAA